AUGCGUGGUGAUGAUUAUCAUCGACUUCCAACCGAAUCUUCAUCUACAUUAAAUUUACACAAUAACAACACCUCCACUAAUAAUAAUAAUAAUAAUACACAUGAUAAUAAUCUUCCCCUAAAUCCACCGACUUACUUUGAAUUUGAUAAUGAUGAUGAUGCUGAUGAUGAUAAUAGUCUAAAUAAUAAUAAUGAUCACAACAAUCGCCACCACCACCAACAUAAUGCACUUCAUGAAUCAACUUCCACACCAUCUAUAGAACAAUUUGAAAUAGAAGAACCAGAAUUCGAAAGGCGUCAUGGUUUCAUUAAUAGAGCUUCUGCCAUAUCACAUAAAUUUGCAAAUAAUAUAAAUUCAAGAAUUAUACAUCCAGUUACUCGAAUAAUAGAUCCAAUUUAUGAAGGGUAUAAAUACUUACAAAUGCAAUAUGAAAAACUGAUUUUAAAAUUAGGUAAUCCUUUGGUAGUGAAAAGAUUAUUAUAUGUUUUAAUAAUGAUGAUUUUGAUAUUUGGAAUUUCAAAGUAUUCAGAAAAUGAUUCAAUAAAUGGUGGUGGUUCAACAACGUUUUCAAAGGGGAAAUUUUAUGAUAUUGAAAAAUUAUCAAGUUCAAUUAAUCAAUUCAUAAAUCCAAAAUCAAUGAAAGAAAAUUUAGAAUAUUUUUCAUCAAUACCUCAUUUAACUGGUACAAAGGGAGAUUUAUUAUUUGCAAAAUAUAUUGAAAAAUAUAUGAAAAGUAAUGGACUACAUAGUGUUGAUAUAAAUGAGUUUCAAAGUUUUAUAAAUUAUCCUACUACAAAUACUUACCUUAAAUUAAAAGAUGGAUCAUUUGAAGCAAAAUUAAAUGAACAAAACAGUCAAGAAAUGCAAUAUUCAUCAUUCAACCCAAAUGCAUUAAGUACUAUUGAUGAAAUUGAAGGGAACUAUAUUUAUGUGAAUUACGGAAGAGAAGAAGAUUUUGCAAAUUUACAAAACAACAAUAUAAAUCUAGAAGAUAAAAUAGUAUUAAUAAAAUACGGAGGAGACAUCCCAGAAUCAAAUAAAUUAUUUUACGCCCAAAAUUAUAAAGUUAAAGCAAUAAUAUUCAUAUCUCCUAAAUUCAAUGAUCAAGAUGAUAUAAUACAAAGAGAAAAUGUUGGAUUAACAAGAUUUUCAUCUGGUGAUAUUUUGACUCCUGGUUGGUCAUCUGAAAAUGGUUAUGUGACUAGAUUAUCAUGGGAUAAAUCAGAAACUACUCCUAAAAUCCCAUCAAUUCCAAUUUCAUGGAAAGAUGGUUCUAAAUUAAUUGAAAAAUUACAAAAUGGUCACAAAUUUGAUGAUUAUGUAAGUGGUGAUGGUCAAUCCCCCAUUUUACAACUAAAUAUAAAUAAUAUAAAUAAACCAGUACAUCCAUUAUGGAAUGUAGUUGGAUCAAUAGAAGGUAGAGAACAAGGAGAUAAAGGAAUUAUAAUUGGUUCAUCAAGAGAUUCUACUUGUUAUGGAACAAUGAGUAGUAAUACUGGAACGGUUGCAUUUUUAGAACUUAUAAAAGUUUUUACGUCUUUACAAAGAAAAUUCCAAUGGGUUCCCUCGAGAUCAAUAUUUUUUGUAUCUUUUGAUGCUACUGAAUAUAAUUUAGCAGGAUCAACUGAAUGGAUAGAAAAUAGAAAAGAAGCAUUGAGGAAAGAUGGAUAUUUAUAUAUUGAUAUGAGUGAUUUAGUAACUGGUGAUGAACUUUAUAUUAAUUCGCAUCCAUUUUUGAGAGAAUCUAUUAAAACAUCAUUACAAAAAGUUAAAAUUGAAGGAGAUAAAACAAUGGCUGAUUUAGUUCAUGAUAUUAAGGAUGAAUUUUUAGAUUUCAAAAAUUAUAUACCAUUCAUUAACUUGGUUAAUAUUCCAUCAUUAGAAAUUAAAUUCAGAGGUUUAAAAUACCCUAAAAAUUCAUGUUUUGAUAAUUUUAAAAAUUUUGAAAACCUAAAUUUAGAUAAAUCAAUGUUAAAACAUUCUCAAUUAGUUGAAUUAUUAUCAAAAAUCAUUUUAGAUUUUGCAGAAUUACCAUUAAUACCUUAUAAUUUCAUAGAUUUAGCAAAUCAAUUAAUCCAAUAUGAAAAUGACUUGGAGAAAUUUACCCAAUCCAUUACCCAAAACUUAAAAGUUAAACCAAUUAUACAUUUCGAUGGUUUAAAAAGAGCAUUAAUGACAUUAAAAGACGUUGGUGAGAAAUAUAAUGAAUGGGCACACGAAUGGAAACAGUUUAUAGUACAAAGUGGAGGAUUAGAACCACCAAUGUAUUCAGCAAUGAGAGGAAUGUGGAAUAAUAAUAUGAUUGAUUUCAAUAAUAGAUUUUUAACAAAAGAAUUAACAACGAAAAGAUCAGGAUAUAAGAAUUUCUUGUUUGGUAUACCGUUUUCAGCUCCUAUAAACUCCAACGAAUUUGUAUGGAUUUCAUUUCCCUAUGUUAGAGAUUAUUUACAACAACAUGAUUUUAGUUCUGCUCAAUUGGAAAUUGAUAAUCUAGCUUCAACUAUAGAAGAUGCAGCUAUUAAAUUUUUAACUUUAUAA